AUGUCUAACCCACGUGUAUUUCUGGACAUUGAAAUCAGAGCUGGGGCGAAAGUGCUGCACAGUGGAAGAACUAUCUUAGAGUUACGCGCUGAUGUCGUUCCCAAGACAGCCGAGAACUUCCGCGUCUUAUGUACUAGAGAAGCUGGCCAGGGUUACAAAGGUUCUACCUUCCAUCGUGUUAUUCCAAAAUUCAUGAUUCAAGGCGGUGACUUUACUGCACACAACGGUACCGGAGGACGCUCAAUCUAUGGCAACAAAUUCGAAGAUGAAAACUUUAUUCUGAAACAUACUGGUCCAGGCGUGUUAAGCAUGGCUAAUGCGGGCAAGAAUACUAAUGGGUCUCAGUUCUUUAUUUGCCUCGAGCCGACUCCCUGGCUUGAUGGUGCCCAUGUAGUGUUUGGAAAUGUCGUCGAAGACCAGAUGGAGAGUUUAAUCGUCGAUGAAUUGAAAAUAUUUCUCAAUGUAGGGAUGGAUACUGUUUACCAAAUAGCGGAAUAUGGUACUAGUAGUGGCUCACUAAAGAAAGUGGGAAGUGAAAGUGUACAGCAACAACUUCACAUGUUAUAA